AUGCAGACCCGAACUGCCUCGUCUGCACUUCGACUCAAGGCACAAUCAGAUCCUGUAUUAAAUGCACAAACGGGUCAUAUCCAGAAUCAAGCGGGAUGUGUGUUCAAUGUGAUUCGAAAUGUUCCGGAAUGUGUGAUUCUUCUACGGGAGUUUGUCAUGCUUGUUCAGAUGGAUAUAGGGGACCGUUCUGUGAAUGUAAAUAUGGAUGCAAACCUGGGUUUUAUGGCUCAAAGUGUGGCAUUAAUUGUGAUAGAAAUUGUAUCGCUUCUGCGGAUGGGAUACGUUGAUGCAGACAAGCGGAUGGUCAAUGCCAAUGCUUUUGAAAUGUUGGAAGAAAGGGUUACACAUUCGAACCAAAUAUCCCUUGACUUUCUUACAUUUUCAGAAAGAUCUGUCUUAAGUCCAAACAACAAAGAUGGUGGGGACGGUGCUGGUGCUGAUGGAGUUGUUGUAGGCGGCGCUGUUGGUGGAGUUGUCGCCCUUCUUAUUAUAACCCUUGUGAUCGGAAGACGAAUAAAGGACCGUAACGAUGCACCUAAGAAAGACGGAUAUAAAGCAGACCACACACCAGGUCGUCCCCCCGAUCCUAAAGACAAAGUUCGAAAAGUUUCAACAGAACAACCAAAGACAAAGAAGUUAAGAAACACAGCGGGAAACUCAGAACAUUUGGGAAACGGCGUGAACAGCAAACCAUCUAUCACAGAUGCAUCCAACAACAAAUCACAGGAGCAAAACACCGAUGAUGUGUACCACAAUUUGAAUAAGGUUGCUACUAAAAACUUGGGAGAUUUUGUGGCUGCCAAGGACAGGUCAUAUUACCUUAAGCAGUUUAAGACAAUGCAAGACUACUCGGUGUUUUGGCGGAUGAUCUGGCAGCAAAAUGUGGGCAAGAUCGUCAUGCUCACCAAUUUAGUGGAAGACGGGAAACCGAAAUGUGACCAAUACUGGCCUGACCAUGGAAUCACUAAACAGUACAGCGAGAUAAACGUGACGUGUUUAACUGAAGACAUGUACGCCGACUUCGUUAUGAGAACGUUUUCAGUGCAAGUGGAUGAAGAGGACAGGACAGUACAACAUCUUCAUUUCACCAGCUGGCCAGACAAAGGCGUUCCCGAUGAUGUAACUUCCCUGGUCGAUUUCCGUCACAGGGUUCUACAAACGCAAUCUCCACUUGAUGGACCACCAAUCGUUCACUGCAGUGCUGGCGUUGGAAGGACGGGCACAUACAUAGCGAUGGACUUGUUGACUAGAGAGGGCGAAGCGGAAGGAUCCGUUGACAUACAUGGUUGUGUCACCAAUCUCAGACAUCGUCGUACGCGUAUGGUCCAAACGGCUGACCAGUAUGCUUUUCUGCACCACGCAAUUGUUCACACGUUGACGCUUGACAGUAAACCCGUGCCAACGGACGGACUUGAGGCCUUCAUGUCGGACUCCGAAAACGAACAGAGGCAAAUCAAACAAUUUAAGAGCUACAAACAAAGGAAUAAAUUUGUAUUCGCGAUGACUCCACUUGAAGAGACCGUGGCUGACUUUCUGUGUCUCACGAUGCAAGAAACAGCGACAUGCAUACUCGAUAUGGAGGAAGUUAGUUCCAUGUAUAUUCCCGAUGUUGGCACACAGAGAACUUUUGAAUCAUACACAGUAGACAAUCUACGACAGAAAUCAACACUGUACAGUGUCAACAGAGUGCUUCGAAUAAGCUACAAUGGCCGUGGAGGACCUAAGGAACAAACAGUAUCACACUUCAAACUUACGGCCUGGCCAGACAAAGCGGAGGUUCCCGAGUCCGUUACACACUUCUUGCAUCUUGUUAAGGAAGUAGAAACAACGGCAGCAUCUGGAUCCGUCAUUUUGCAUUGCAAUUCUGGUGGGGGACGCUGCGGCCUGUUUGCGGCGAUCUGCACGCUUCUGGAGAAAACAGGCAUAGAACACGAGGUUUCAGUGUUUAACACAGUUCGUCAGCUGCGGGCGAGACGGCCUAAUGCAGUACGCACAAAAGAGCAGUACGCAUUUUGUCACGAGUGUGUUUGCGAGUAUCUGCAAUCAUUCGACAUCUACUCCAAUUUCUUGUAG